GCUUCUCUUCACGCCUUGACUCUUGUUUCUUACCUCACGUAAAACCCAUUUGGCUCUCAUCCAAUGCACAGUUCUUGCUCUCUUCGCUUUGAAUCUUUCUCAUCCAAUUUUCGCUAUUUUUUUAGCACAACUUUCUGAGAUUUCUGGGUAUCUUUGGUUUGAUCAGUUGAAAGUUGAAACAAAUCUCUGAUUCGGUCUGAAAUUUCUCACGCUGUUGAUUGGGUUUUCUCUCUGGUGUUUGGGUACUGCGAUAGUUGAGCCAUUUUGACUCUUAUGGUAGAUUUCCAAACUCACUGAGACUUCUUCAAAACUAAAGCCUCCAGACAAGUAAUACUUGUAUUACUAUAUCUGGGAUUAGUUGGCUUUUCCAGCUUCUUUUUGAUAAAAAGAAAAGACUACACAAAGCAAAGAUCUUAGAAUUUUUUUUUCUUUCUUUUCUCUCGUUUUUUCCUCCGUUUUCUCACCAACCAAACGGUGGAAAUGUUGGGGAGUGGGUUGCGCUUUGGGGCUCUGCGCGGUGAGGACCGGUUUUGCGUCCCAGUGAAAGCAAGAAAGAAUCAGAAUCAACAAAAACAAGCUCGGAGAGCUAAUAAGGGCGAUGAGACUGAGAGCCUGGAUUCAUAUAGAAAGAGUAAAGACCCUUCAAAUUCACUGGCAAAGCCUUCUUUGGAGCAAUUCGUAAAGCCUGUUAAGAACCUUGAUAGGUUCUUGGAGUCCACCACGCCUUUGGUCCCAGCCCAAUAUUUCUCCAAGACGACAAUGAGGGGGUGGAAGACUUGUGAUGUUGAAUUUCAACCGUACUUCAUGUUGAAUGAUCUAUGGGAAACAUUCAAGGAAUGGAGUGCGUACGGGGCAGGAGUGCCUUUGGUACUUGAUGAGGGUGAUUCUGUUGUUCAAUAUUACGUCCCAUACUUAUCUGGUAUCCAAUUAUACGGUGAACCUGCUACAAGGUCAAAUACUAAGCCAAGGCAAGCUGGUGAAGACAGUGAUUGUGACUACUAUAGGGAUUCAAGCAGUGAUGGAAGCAGUGACUAUGAAACUGAUAAAGGCAUAAAAUUUACCAGGGAACAGCAGGCUUGUCUCCAUCUAACUAGUGAGGUCCCAAUUAGAUUGGACAAGUUGUCUUUAAAUGAUAAGCAGAGUGGAAGACAAGAAGGCUUUUCUAGUGAUGAUGGUGAAGCAGAGAAUUCUCUAGGUCAGUUGCUCUUUGAGUUUCUUGAACAGGAUCUCCCUUAUUGCCGUGUACCAUUAGCUGACAAGAUAUUAGAUCUUGCAUGCCAGUAUCCUGGACUGAAGACGUUAAGAAGUUGUGAUUUACUGGCAACUAGUUGGAUGUCUGUGGCAUGGUAUCCUAUUUAUCGAAUACCCACAGGCCCAACAUUAAAAGAUUUGGAUGCCUGCUUUUUAACAUACCAUACCCUUUCCACACAAAUGACAGGUGGUGGAAGUAACCAGGCCCCAAUAGUCAUUUAUCCAAGUGAGAUUGAUGGUGUCUCCAAGAUUUCCUUUCCUGCUUUUGGAAUGGCAUCCUAUAAGUUAAAAGGAUCCAUGUGGGUGCAACAUGGGGUUAGUGAGUCUCAACUGGCGAAUUCCCUCAUGCAGGCUGCUGAGAAUUGGCUAAGACUGCUUCAGGUCAAUCAUCCAGAUUUCCAGUUCUUCGCUUCACAUGGCAUGUACUCUGAAAUCAAGAGAUGACAUGCAGCUGGAUUAUCUUUGCUUGCCACAAGACAUAAAGCACUGGGAUAAAAUGGCACAUGAUGGAGUUUAUACUUUAUAUGAUGUGGAUUCCUGUUAUGCAAAAGAAACAGAAAAAUGUGGACAGUCACAUGCAAAACAAUAUAAAAAGAGAAAAUGAAUAAAAAGGAUGAAAAAGUGAAGACAUAAGGCCCAAGAAAGGUGGGGAAAAGAGGCAAAUAAAGAUGAAUAUAUGGAGAUAAUACAUGGCGGCUGAUCUAGCUAAAAAAGUGAUGCUUCCACAAGCUGAUAGUGCGAAUUAGGUCUUACAAGCUCCUUUCAUUUUUUUGACUUUUUUUAGUUUAUGUCAUAAUGAGGGAUACACAGGUAUUACAAGUUUUCAGGAGGCUUUUGGUUGAUGUAUAAACCAUUAACUUUGGCUAUCCAUAUUCUUUUGAUAAUCUUUUCAUGUCAUUUUGAUGAGCAGUGAAGUGAGAAAGGAAAUGUAAUGCCCUCACAUUUUAGUGUAGGCAUGGUAUGACAGAAAUGUGAGGGUAAUUUGUAUGCACAGAUAUAUGAUUCAAUCAAUUAAUAUUCCUGUAGAAGAAAGAGAGCUCAAAGAACACUGAUGAUCACAAGGCCGGCAAGCUCUGUAUUUUAAAGUG